CAAAAAUACUAACGAAAUGAACCAACCCAAACAAAUGGAGGGAAUGCCAUAAAUCGGAAAUCAAGCCAGCAAUGGUCGCUCGUUUCUUCGCCUGCGACAGCAAUCAAUGAAACUCUGGAUGCUUGGAGCUGCAAUAAUCAUAGUCUCACGCCACUCGGAACAUGCCACUUCGUUGGCAGAGGCUAUUGAGCAGACAACAAUGGCGGUUCCGCUCCAAUCGAGUGUUCUCAAUAAUCUCGCCGGAAGCCUCGCCGGAGUUGCGCGCUUCCAACAGAAAGAUCACCGAAUUCGUCCGAAACGGCCGGCUCCAAGACGCCAGAGUACUGUUCGAUUCACUGCCUCACAGAAACACCGUCACCUGGAAUUCAAUGCUCACCGCGUACGUCCGGCGAAGGGAGAUCGCGAAAGCGCGGAAACUGUUCGACGAAAUGCCUGAAAGGGAUAUCGUGUCGUGGAAUCUGAUGAUUUCGGCGUAUGUAUCGUGUCGGGGGAGCAAGUAUUUGGAGGAAGCCCGACACCUGUUCGACGAAAUGCCUGAAAGGGAUUUUGCAUCCUGGAACACUUUGAUUAGCGGUUUUGCCAACAAUGGAAGAAUGGACGAUGCACUGAGGCUGUUCGACUGUAUGCCUGAAAAGAAUGUCAUCUCCUGGAACGCAAUGAUCACAGGUUUCCUCAACAAUGGCGAUGUUAAGAGAGGCUAUGACUUCUUCACAAGAAUGCCUAGUCGGGAUGCCGCGUCGCUCUGCGCUCUCGUGUCGGGGUUGAUUCAGAACGGCGAAUUGGAUGAGGCAGAAAAUUUGUUGUUUAAAUAUGCGAAGAUGGGGAAUAAAGAGGGCAUAGUGUAUGCUUGUAACACUUUGGUUGCGGGAUAUGGUCGACGAGGAAGGGUGGAGGAUGCUCGUCGGAUUUUCGAUCAGAUUCCAGUCGAUAGCAGCAACGUUGUGUCGUGGAAUUCGAUGAUUAUGACGUAUAUGAGAGUGGGCGAUACGGCGUCCGCGAGGGAGUUGUUUGAUCGGAUGGAGGAUAGAGAUACGGUGACGUGGAAUACGAUGAUUAGCGGUUAUGUUCGUGCGUCGGACAUGGAAGAAGCUACGAAGCUUUUUUGUAAGAUGGCGACUCCGGAUGCUUUCACGUGGAAUUCGAUGAUUUCGGGGUUUGCUAAAGAGGGAAGGAUGGACAUCGCGUUCGAUUUUUUCGCAAGAAUGCCGUCGAAGACUCGGGUUUCUUGGAACACCGUCAUCGACGGAUUCGAAAAGAACGCCGAUUAUCGAGGAGCUAUCUUAGCUUUUAUCGAAAUGCAGGCGGAGGGAGAGAAACCGGGGCGUCACGCUCUAUGUUCCGUACUUAGCGUUUGCGCCGAACGCACGGCUCGGAGUCUCGGCGCUCAAAUUCAUCAAAUGGCGACGAAAUUGGUCAUUUUCGACGUGCCGUUGAGCAACUCCCUCAUCACAAUGUACGCAAGGUGCGGGGCGAUAUCCGACGCAGAGACGGUAUUCCGGGAGUUGAAAUGUCGGGACGACGUGAUCUCGUGGAACGCUAUGAUCGGAGGGUAUGCGUCUCACGGCUACGCAAAGGAGGCGUUACAACUCUUCGAAGCGAUGAAGUCGCGCAAAGUGACCCCGACUCACGUCACGUUUGUAUCGAUUUUGAGCGCAUGCGCUCGCGGAGGUUUGGUGGAGGAGGGGCGAUUGUAUUUUCGAUCGAUGGCGCGCGAUUUCGGAAUCGAGCCAAGAGUCGAGCAUUAUGCGUCACUCGUAGACGUUGUCGGUAGGUACGGGAAGGUCGAGGAGGCAAUGGGUAUAAUCGAGUCGAUGCCGGUUGAGCCCGGCAAGGCGGUUUGGGGUGCGUUGAUGGGCGCGUGUCGGGUGCAUGGAAAUGUGGAGCUCGCGAGAACCGCCGCCGAUAAGAUGAUGAGGCUCGAGCCGGGAAGCUCGGGGCCUUACGUCUUUUUGUACAAUAUGUAUGCCGACGCCGGAAGAUGGGACGACGCGCUAGAAAUAAAGGCGAGAAUGGCGACGAACGAUAUUAGGAAGGAACGGAGCUUUAGUCGGGUCGACUCCGGCGGGUUGUGA